UCAGAACCCAACACUCCAUGCGUUUCCCAGCUGAACUGAUGAAGAAAAGCCGGAGGCGAGCAGCAGAAAUGAAACUUGUCUGCAUUUAUCUCAACACCCCUGGCCUGUUCCAGGAUGGGAAGAAUAGCUCCCUACUGAACAAUGACAUCUUAGGGGCCACCCUUGAAAACACCAGCGUCACCAACCUCACUGAGCCUGUGGAGAUCCGGUUCUGGCAUAACCAAACGCUGGAUAACUCUAAUGCGAGCUGCGUCUUUUGGGUGGAAGGAACAGAAAACAGCAGCCUUGGGAACUGGAGCAGCGCUGGCUGUGAGACCACCCACUGCAAAGACAUUGUGCUGUGCCAGUGUAAACACCUCACCUACUUUGCCGUGCUGCUGAAAAUCUCCUCAGCGCCCAUAGACGAGGCCAUCCUGGCUCCUCUGACCUACAUCUCCAUGGUGGGCUGCAGUGUCUCAGCUGCUGCCUCGCUUCUCACUGUCCUUCACUACCUCACCUCCAGGAAAAAGAGCAGAGAUUAUACAACCAAAAUCCACAUGAACCUGCUGGGAGCCCUCUUCUUGCUGAAUGUCUUCUUCCUGCUCAGUGGGCCCCUGGCCCUGGUUCAGUCCACAUGGCUCUGCAGAGGCACUGCCGCCUUCCUCCAAUACUCCCUGCUCUGUUGCUUGACCUGGAUGGCCAUCGAGGGCUUCCACCUCUACCUGCUCUUGAUCAAAGUCUACAACGUGUACAUCAGGAGAUAUGUCCUCAAGCUGUGCGCCGUUGGCUGGGGACUGCCAGCCUUAACUGUGGUUAGCAUUCUCAUCUUCAAGGAAGAGACAUACGGGCUGCACAUAAUUGAAACCGACACGGGCUACAACAAUACAACUAUGUGUUGGAUCACAGACAAGGCCCAGGAUGUUCAUUACAUCCUCAACGUGGGCUAUGCUGGUAUCACCGUACUCUUCAACAUGGUCAUCUUAGUCACCAUCAUGAGGAUGCUGAGAAAAUUGAGAUCCAACAUGAACAGUCAGAAAGAACAAGUGAAGAAGGAUCUGGUGACAGUGCUGGGACUGACGUGCCUGCUAGGAACAACCUGGGCACUGGCCUUCCUCAGUUUCGGUGUCUUCUUGAUUCCUCAGCUCAUCCUCUUCACUAUCAUCAACUCCUUCCUGGGGUUCUUCAUCUGCCUCUGGUACUGCACUGUCCGCCGCCAGCCGGACCCCAGCCCCUCCACCGGGAGUUCUCAGAUGACAAAAUAACCAGGCCAGCCAGCUAGACUGUGCUCCCAAAGGGGCACAGCUCACCCCCCCAGGAGCAGACUCACUUGCUGGAACUGGCCUGCCCCGGUUGCCCCAGGCAGGUCUGCGCUUCCGAUGGGGGAUUUAGCAAGGAAAGAGACACACUCCUCAGUGCCUUCACACACGUGGCAGCAAACAGUGCGACAAUGAGCCUUCAAAGCAGCUUAUGCAGAGUUGUCGAGAAGCUGAACAGGACCUGGGUGAGACUGAGGGGUAACAGAACAGUCACUCUCACAACACAGGGAAUUGCUGUUCCCUAGGGGCUAGUCCACACUUACCGCCCGGGUCGACGCGGUGAGUUCGACUUCUCGGAGUUCGAACUAUCGCGUCUGAUCUAGACGCGAUAGUUCGAACUCCGGAAGC